AUGGACUGUGAAUUCAGCGGAGCUACUCCUGCAACACUGGCAGAGUUUAACCUGGCCGGUGGAGUUGACAAUUUGCAAACGUUUUACGACAUUUCUCUCGUCGAUGGCUACAACAUACCCAUGGGAAUAAAUUAUAUCCCUGCCAAGAACACCACCUUUAUUCCACCGAACCUCACAAACUGCGCUUGCAUUGCUACCACGGGCUGGGUGUACUCGCCCACAGGUAACGGCACCUUUUACUCCAACGUCACCUAUCCGAUCCCCUUGGAGUCGGAGGAGACAAAUGAGAGCGUCAGUGCAUGGUGUCCGUGGCUGAAUCUUGCCUUUCCUCCCACCCAUCCUGGAAAUGGCAUAUACCCCUAUCCUGACGACAACGUUCAACGGCCUGCCUUUGCUCCAUGCAACAGCGCCUGCGCGGCCACCGGAACAGACAAGGACUGCUGUAUCGGCAAGUAUCACGACCCCAACAUCUGCAAGCCAUCGCAGUAUAGCAAGUCAGUCAAGGCCGUAUGCCCGGACGCCUAUAGCUUCGCCUUUGAUGAUCAGCAGUCAACCUUUAUCAUUCCCAAGGGUGGCGGCUGGGAAGUCGUCAUGUGUCCUGAAGGCCGGUCGACUGAUAUUCUCCGCAAGCUGGGUUCGGAAAUGUUUGAGUUGGCAAGUGGUGGUAAAUUGUCGUCACACUCUCUCAAAAGGCUCCGAAAUGCAACCUAUAUCAUGGAAGAGCGUGGGUCUGCAGGCGUUGUGAGACCAUGGACAGUCAUGGUAAUGGUCUGUGUCGUUGUUGCUUGCACCUGGGCAACUUUCUAA